AUGGCUGCCAAGCGGCUUGGCGGAAGCAGCAAUAGUGGCAGAAGAAGAAGAAGGACCUUGGGCUUCCAGGCGGUCGCAAUGAGCACCUCGGAUCGCCGCCGCUACCAGAGCCGCACUCAGCAGUUCCUCACGUUCGCCGCCGUCAUCGUGAGCAAGAACGGCAUCUUCACUCUGCCUCGACUCCUAUUCAUACACGGCGGAGCCCCGUUCGUGAUCGCCUACACGACGCUUACGGUGAGCGUGGUGAUCCCAGUUAUGCAAUUGGAGAGCGUGCUAGCCCAGUUCAUGGGCGCCGGAAACAUCGGAAUCUUCGACACUGUGCCGGGCAUGCGGGGUCUGGGCCACACGAUGACCUUCUACUUCACGCUUGGCAUGACCAUCUUCGUGACCGAGUGCUCCUACUCCACCGUGUUCCUGGCCAGCUUGUUCCGGUCUACUCUCCCGUGGGCUGACUGCAGCCACUACCGGCCAUCGGACUCGUGCUACGACCUGCAGGGAAGAAUCGUGCUUUGA